UCUCUCUGCGCAUGCGCGACAGACAUUGCUCUCCGUAGCCAGACAGCAGCAACUCGGAGAACCAACACCGGGGAUGUGCUCUUCAUUAUUCCUCAAAACCAAUAUAAAGACUAAAUCUCCACAAAAUGAAGUUCCCCUACUCAUAGAUUCGUGAGAAUAUGGUGAGGAGAAGGUGUCCCAUGCUGCAUUAGCGUCAGAGUGACAUGCUGGCCUGUCUGCCGGCAUCAGGUGACCCUACCGUCAGACUUCUCCCCCGCACGCAGAUGAACACUGGACUUCAGAAAUGGGAAACUACACAGAAGAUGAGAUCUGCCAGCUAUCCAACCCCAGCAGAGUUGGAUGCCUAUGCUAAGAAAGUUGCCAACAGCCCUUUGACCAUCCAGAUCUUCCCCAACAGUGUCAAAGUACCUCAAAGGAAGCACAUUCGCCGCACAGUCAACGGGCUCGACACAUCCCUGUCCAGCCAGCGCCACAGUCCCUACCCGUCUCAGGUCAGCUCCAGUCGGGGUCUGCUGGCCGUUCUCCGUGUGCCCGCCAAAGGUGUCGUCAAAGAGUCGGACGGCAGCCGCACCAGGCACUUCCAGAAGGCCGCCAUGAACCCUCACAGCGGGGCGUACGCCGCUCAAAGCACUUUAAAUCUCUCUCAACCAGCCCCUCACCUACAAGGCCCGCCUCAGAAGCAGUGCAUGGUUCACCCGCAGUCACUACAGCAAAGCAUGCCUCAUCCAAUGACUCUACAGCAGCCUCAAACCAUGCCACACCCGCAGGCUCUACAGCAGAGGAGCAUGGCCCAUUCGCAAGCUCUGCAGCGGCAGCAGAGUUUGUCCCAGGUCCUCACUCCAGAGCAGAGAUUGACUCACCCGCAGAGCAUACAGAGGCAGCAGAGUCUGCCUCACACCCAGCCGCAGCAGCACCAGAUCCAGCCUCAUCCCCCGGUCGGACCACAGCAGCAUCUUUCUCACCUGCAGACGCUGAAGCACCCCCCGGCGCCUCCGCAGGCGUUACAUGCACAGCAGGGAAGGACUCAAGACCUGCGCCACAUGUCCGACGGAGCCCAGCUUCCGAGCAUGCAGCACGCCCAGGGGCUAGGCGGCCCGCAGCCCGCCCCCCAGGCUGCAGGCACGGGACUUCCGACCGCGGCCAAUAGCCUUCAGCAGCCCGCGCCGGGGGCGUACGGGCCCAGGAAGCCCCCAGAUGCUGACGCCCCACCAAAUGUAACUGUAUCUACCUCCACCAUCCCGCUGUCCAUGGCGGCCAGCCUGCACCAGAACAGGGCGAGUGACCUGAGCAGCAUCGUGCACCAAAUCAACCAGCUGUGUCAGGCACGGGCCGGUAUGGGCUCCACCUCCGUCUGCGAGGGCCAGAUCGCCAACCCCAGCCCCAUCAGCCGCAACCUGCUGAUCAACGCCAGCUCCAGGGUGUCCUGUCACAACCCGCCCCUGGGCUCUGUGCCCAGCUGCCUCAUGGUGGGACCCUCGGACAAAGCCUUGGCUCAGACUCCCAAUGCUGCACUCCACUCUCUGCCCAGUUUAGCUGCUACUAAUAGCAUACCUGCCUUUCAUGCAGACCCUGAGAAGGUACAACUGCAGCAGCAGCAGCAGCAGCAGCAGCUGCAGCAGCAUUUACAUCAGCAGAAACAACAACAACAACAAUUGCAGCAGCAGCAGCAGCAGCAGCAACAACAUUUACAACAUCUGCAGCAGCUGCAGCAGCAGCAGCGCUCCUGGGCCCAGCAUCAACUGGCCCACAUGCAGCAGCCCCCCGAGGGGGCCCAUCCCUGCAAGAACCCAAGGAUGGAGCCUCCAACCGAGUGCGCUUUUCCCUCUCGAAACCUCAACCAUUCCCACAAGCUCCCCAAUGCCACACAGUCCUUCAACCUGAAGCACCCCUCAGAAAAAGGCCGGCCAUCGUCCCCCGUUAACUGCCCAGUAGGUUCUAUGCCUUACAUUAAUGGCCACUACAUGCAGCCGCCGUGGGGCGGCAUUCCCGCCACAGCGAGUAACACUGGAUCCGGCCCUCAGGACCUCCCCGGAUCGUUCCAGGGAGGGCAAGUCGCUGCCUCCGCGAACCGCAUCCCGGGGGCAAAGUAUCGGCCGGGCAAAGAGGGUCCUCCUGACCAGGCCAAGCUGAUGCAGAACGUGGAUUUCUUAGGAGGCGAAUUCCAAAUCCCCAGCUUUCAGGAGCAAAGCAUGAGUGUGUUGGAGAAGAUGCACAGGUCGGCCAUGGGCCAAGUUCAGGAGCCCAAUAAUGGCGGCGGCGUUCACUCUCAUCACCCGGGCUACCGUUAAAGCGUGCGCUUAUCCCUCCCCAAACCCCGCCCCUUACUGUGUUUUGAGUGCUAUCUCAAAAGCUACUUUCAGCUCCUGUAGUUUAUACUUUUAGAUCUUGCAAGUGAUCAAUUACACUUUAGUUGCUCCAGAGCUCGAUAUGUAGACCCCAUCAGGUUGUGAUGUUUCAAAGUAUUGCUCAGGUCUUAAGCCAUGUCGUACCUUUGUUGCAGAUGACGUUUUUUUUUUUUUUUUUCAGAUUGUUGUCCACUGUAGAGCAGAAUUCCUCUUUCUCAUUACUAGCAUGGAUGUGCUGCUCUUUGUUUAAGUAUACAUUAUGUUCUAAAAUAUUCAUUUGCAGAUGAGAAUUUGCUUGCCACAUGGCUUUUUCCUAGGUUAAUGUGUAAAAAUGUAUUUUUAAUUUUUUUUUUUGCAUUUGUGGCCUUACAACUGCCCAAAGGCAAGAUAUUAGGAUAUCCUUGUGUGGUGUUUUUUUGUUCGUUGCUAUUAUUUAUCCUCUUGUGAUCCAUUUAAAUAAGAAAGUUACAUGUAUAUGCAAUUAAUAAGACUGUUGAUAAGGCUUUGGUCCUAAAGGCUCCCUCUCGUGUUUGAGGUUUACACUUACAUGGGGCCCGGCUCCUUUAUCAGGAAUACAACAUGGCUUCUGAACUGCACCAUUUUUGUCUGCAUGGUUCAAUGGGUGACUAAUCUGAUAAAAAGAAUGUGACAUGGCUAAUGCUCGCAUAAAGACAGUAACCUUCUUCCUGUUGUUUACUCUUGGUUCGGUAAGUGGGCCCUCGUGUGAGAGUGUUAUAUCUUAAGAAUGGUGUUGGAAGAACCUGUUUUACCGGCCCUAUCUGUUUCUAUAAACGAUCCUACUCGAACUGUAGAAAUUCUUUCUCAUCUGGCGAGAGAAGCACAAACUCCAUGAGCCCCGGUUUGUCCGUAUCCAACACGAACCAGAAUCACUUAGCGUGACGUACCUACGUCAGCAUGUGAAAAGUAAAUUGAUCACUUGCAAGCACGCGAGUACUCGAAAUAGUGGGAGCCGGGAAGACGCUUUCCCCUGAAGUGGUGUGGACACGCUGCCUCCUGGUCCUCAGCCCUGCCGUGUGCCGUGGCUUUGCUACCUAUAAAGACAAAGUGAGGACAUUUAAAGCACGAAGCUCUUCAGGUUGAUGUCGUCUGGGCCUCCUCAGGCCUUCUGGGGAGGGGGGGGGGGCUUAAAUGUCACAGUAGAUAUCCUUUACUUAACACUUACCUUAACUGACUUCCUUUUCUAGGAUCCCAACUUGUGAGGGGCUUCGUUGUGAGAGAGAACAACGUGUUUAUUUCUUUCCCUGGAGCUUAUUUGGCAUUUAAUGUGUAUAGGCAACGGAUGGGGAAUAAUGUCUUGAAUUUAAACAUUAAGGUAAUCAUGCUACUCAUACUUGAUAAAUCACCCAUCCUACUGUCUCAAAUGUUGCCUAUCAAGGAUUUUAAAAUAUGAAUAGUGUUUAGCAGAAUGACUGGGUAUGUAGAUAUGGGUUGUAGCAGUUAUUUUAAAAGUAUUUGUACUGUUUUUAUUUUUAGUUAUGCUUAAUAAAUACCCUGAUAUAGUUUAAUUUAUUAUUUUUGGACCACUGUGUCCUGAAGCCAUAGGUGUUUCCACAUUAGGUGCCAUUGGUGGGUCACACAGACGCAGUGUGAACUGAGUGGUCUGUCCUCUGGACGUCUAAUAAGAGCUUUGCUCUGUUACUCGGACGUCUCUCACAGCGCUGAGCGUUCUUCUUCUUGCUCCUCCCUUCUCUGAGUUGUCCUUGGAAACACCGCGCAGGCUAAAGGGAGGCAGAGCGGCGAGGACGAUGCCCAGACAGAGUGAGCGUGGGUGCAAGGUGUAGAUUUUCUGGAUUUUGGUCUUUAUACCUAAUGGCAGUUUUCUUUUGUUUUGGUUUCCUGGCUCUUGUUUUUGACGUGCCUGCCCCUAAAGCUGCUAUAGACUUUUAAAACUUAACAUACACUAGUCUAAUUUGUGUAAGCGUGUGUGUGAAUACUAAUGAUGUAUGAGCUCUAUCAGUGAAAAUAAGUUCCUAUUUAUGUGGUGAAAAUCACCACCACUCAAAUGCUGGAGAAUUUUGUCUAUACUUUAUUCCAAAUAUACCUAAUAACUGACCAGUAUUUGGAACGGCCAAGUGAUUUUCAGCAGUUGGUGUGUGAUAAAUCGACACUAAUCAAUCCGACAGACCUGUCCGGUUUAUUUUUGAACUGCCUCUUUACAACCCGACAGUCAGGUUCUACACUUUCAUAUGAAGUGCCUCCACUGGUGGGUGGGUGUGUGUGGCGUGGGUACUUGCACACAGGUGUGUGCGCCGGUAAAAACGUGCACAGAGUUAAUCUCUGACGGGGGACCAAGCUACUUAGUUAUAACUACUGAUACUGUGUAAUGGACUUGAAGUCCUGAAGUGUGCCACGCCGGGACGUGUGAACUGUUUGCUGCUGACUCACCGACCAAAGCGACCAGGCGUGACCUCUGUAACCACCCCGGCAAGCUUGUAUCGGUGACGUAAAGAGAGUCGCUGCCCUCGGUUGUCACGGUUACAUCAAAUCUUGUGAAGUAAAAGUGAAAAGAUGUGAACGGAGCGUUAAAAAAAAAAAAAGAGAGAAAUCUAGAGUGUGGUUCCUGUCUGCACAGCUCACCCCCAAUUUGGUUUGGGCCAAGCAAGGGUCAGAUGUUCUAAACGGGCCUUUUGUAUGUGUUGUGGUUCCAUGUGACAAUGUCGUCGUCAUCAUGCAGAAAUGUCACAGUACACGUGGACGUGCACUGUAAAGUCUAUCCAGCUGUCUGAUGGCAUUACGUAUUGGGACGACUCUAGAUUUCCUUUUACUCUGAUCUGAUUGUCUUUGAUUCAUUGAAGAUGUAUCAUGUUGUGAACGGUGGUGGAGGGGGGCUUACUUUCUCUACUUUGUGAAAAUGUGAUAUUCCAGUUUUGCCUAACCUUCAGGAAUAAAAAUGUCUUGCACAAACAUUCCCCCUAACCAAAAUAAAGUUUGCAAACACGGA